AUGGUAGAUGAAGAGGUGGUGAGGGCUUGCCCUCCAGAACUUCAACACUGUUUGCCCGACCUGGACCGCAUACCGGAAGCCCCUCCAUUUGACACCUCUUUGCCGACUUUGAAGGAUUACCUCAAGCAGAAUCACCGCGCGCUCUAUGACGUCCUUUGCCGACACCUGGAGAAGCCGCCUUGCCUCGACGAUGAGGACAUUCAGGUGCUUGCUGUCUUGCGGGGCAAUGCGCCCGAGGACGAGUACAACCGGAAGCUCAUAGAAUUACUGGAGACGCGCCCUUGCCCGCGCACUCUACUGGAGGUUGACUACGGUGACCCGGCUGGAGAUGAAGACGAGGUGGACGUGGAUGACCGGGCAGACGAAUCUGGAGGGACCUUCUGGGAAGGUGCAUUCUACCAGACCUACCAAUCUCUGGGAGAAGAGAGACAGGAGCAGAUGAAGAUGUUCUGUCAAUUCGAUGUGAGACGCCAGCUGCUCGAGAUCUACGUCAUGCAGCAUGCGUCUUUGCAUAGAGAUGAAGGAAACCAGCAGGCACAGGAGGCCACUGAUCUUGUCCCUAUAUAUGUCGAUGAAGUGAUGGCGAAUCUUAUUCUUCCUGCCUAG